CUCUCCAGGUCUUUGAUGUUUCUGUGCUGCGGCUCUGGUCGUGUUUUGGUCAGGAGGUGGUGGAAAGAUGACAGCCAGAAAGUCCGGGUCGCGAUUAGAAACUGAAAUAGAGCGCUGUCGAUCUGAGGGACAAUGGGACAAAAUACCAGAGCUUGUGCGGCAGCUGUCAGCGAAACUCAUAUCCAACGAUGAUCUCGGAGAACUUCUGCUGGGGGAGGCCAAACUCCAGCAGUACCUCAAGGAAAACCCCAUCAAGCAGGGGUCCAGUCCCCGUGGGCCCCGACCACGACUCCAGGAAGUUCGGAAACAUUUGACUGCUGCACUUGAUCGGGGAAAUUUAAAGCCUGAAUACAUGCAGGAGGCCAGUCUGAUCAUGGCUAAGCUGUGCUACGUGGAGGCGGAUUACAGGGAAGCGCUGAAUCAGUACAGCCGUGUGAAUCUGGAUGAGAUGCAGCUGGUGGGAGCUCCAGUCUACAGACUCUCCAUGAUUGCAGAGGCCUAUGCCACUAAAGGUCUUUGUCUGGAGAAAGUGCCCAUGGCGUCUCCAUCACUGUCCAACAGCAUUGCAGACAAAGACCAGGAGAUCAUCACUUGCUAUGAGAAGUCUGGAGACAUCGCUCUGCUCUACCUUCAGGAGGUUGAAAAGGCUCUUAGUGCUGGCAUUCAGAACCGCAGUCCAAAGCCCGGCCCGGUCACACAGGAACAGGAACUUGGCUACUUCCUUGAGACUGGACUUCAGAGGGCUCACGUCAUCCAUUUCAAAAAUGGUAACCUGACCCGUGGUGUUGGACGCUUUCGAGAAAUACUCCGUGCCGUUGAGACCAGAACCACUCAGAACCUGCGCAUGACUAUUGCCAGGCAGCUGGCAGAGAUCCUGCUGAGGGGCAUGUGUGAACAGAGUUACUGGAACCCAUUGGAAGACCCUCCUAACCAAUCGCCCCUGGACGACCCGCUCAGACACAGCCCACACACCAAGGACUAUGCCCUCAGUCGCCGGCCGCGCAUCUACUCAGGAGAGAAUUUGUUUUGUCCUCAGGAGAACACAGAGGAGGCUUUACUCCUGUUGUUAAUCAGCGAGUCUAUGGCUAACAGAGAUGCUGUUUUGAGUCGAAUCCCCGAACACAAUAAUGACAGAAUAAUCAGCCUCCAGAGUGCCUCGCUGGUGUACGACCUGCUGACCAUCGCACUGGGCCGCCGAGGACAGUAUGAGAUGCUCUCAGAGUGUCUUGAAAGAGCCAUGAAGUUUGCCUUUGAGGAGUUUCAUCUUUGGUUCCAGCUAGCUCUCUCCCUGAUGGCUGCUGGGAAGUCGGCUCGAGCAGUGAAGGUGCUGAAGGAGUGUAUUAGACUGAAGCCAGACGAUCCCACCAUUCCUCUGCUGGCCGUCAAGCUGUGUAUUGGAAACCUGCACUGGCUGGAAGAAGGUGAGCGCUUCGCUAAAAUAGUGAUUGAUAUGGGUGAGAAGGCGGCUGAAUUCAGGGCUAAAGGCUAUCUCGCUAUUGGUCUUGUCUACAGCCUGAAAGCAACAGAUGCAUCUCUGCGAGGAAUGCAAGAAGAGUAUCAGAAAAAAGCUCUGAGCGCUUUCCAGAGGGCACAGAGUCUUUCCCCCACUGAUCAUCUGGCUGUUUUCUACCUGGCGCUGCAGCUGGCAAUAUCCCGACAGAUUCCAGAAGCGCUCGGUUAUGUACGACAGGCAUUACAGCUGCAGGGCGAUGAUGUUCACUCGCUGCACCUGCUGGCCUUGCUGCUGUCAGCUCAGAAACACUACCACGAUGCUCUCAACAUCAUCGAGAUGGCCCUCAGCGAAUACCCAGAGAACUUCAUCCUUUUAUUCACUAAAGUAAAAUUGGAGACGUUGUGUCGAGGCCCAGAAGAGGCGUUACUCUCCUGCAAACGCAUGCUGCAGAUCUGGAAAUCCUGUUACAACCUCACCAACCCCAGUGAUUCUGGAAGGGGGAGCAGUCUGUUAGACAGAGCUGUUGCUGACCGUCGCCAGCUGAACGCCAUGACACUUCCUGACUUCAGUGAUCCAGAGACAGCCUCUCAUGCCUCCUCCUCACUCUCGGGGUCAGAACCUGUAUCUCCUCUUUUUCCUCUUUCAUCCCUCUAUUCUCCACCUCCACCCAAGGCCACAGAAUCCACCCAGAGGCGCAGCAGCCAUGCUUUCUGUGACCACGCCCCCCGCCGACGCUUCUCCUCCGCCAGCAACCUUCCAGAUGCUUUCUUUCAUGGUUUUGACUCCUUUAUUGGGGUUUGUUCUGUUCAUGCCACCUCAAUAGCAGCAUCCCGAGUGGAGCAGGCGCUGUCUGAAGUGGCCUCCUCCCUCCAAAGCAGCGCCCCAAAACAGGGACCCCUCCACCCCUGGAUGACCCUCGCCCAGAUCUGGCUGCAUGCAGCGGAGGUGUAUAUUGGAAUGGGAAAGGCAGCAGAGGCAACAGCGUGUACGCAGGAAGCAGCCAACCUGUUCCCCAUGUCCCAUAACGUGCUGUUCAUGAAGGGUCAGGUGGCAGAGCUGCGGGGGAAUAUGGACGAGGCCAAGCGCUGGUACGAGGAGGCGCUGUCCAUCAGUCCCACCCACGUCAAGACCAUGCAGAGACUGGGUCUGAUCUUGCAUCAGCUGCAGAGGUACAGUCUAGCAGAAAAGAUCCUGCGGGAUGCGGUGCAGGUGAACAGCACGGCUCACGACGUGUGGAACAGUCUGGGUGAAGUGCUGCAAGCACAGGGCAACGACGCCGCUGCCACCGAAUGCUUCCUCACUGCCCUGGAGCUGGAGGCCAGCUGUCCCAUCUUACCCUUCACCAUCAUUCCCCGCACCCUCUGAGACAGUAAAACCUCUGUCCCACAGUCAUGCAUGAACCACAGCCCCCUUAAACACACACACACACACAGAUGCCCAAUCCUCAAAACUUUUCCUCCACCCAGGAAUGCCUUUCAUGGAUUUUUCCUUCCUCCUUUCUCUGUAAGAAUAUCCUCCAGCUCCCAUUGGUCAGUUUCAAUCCAGAAACCAUUACAAGCUGAAGUCACCAUUGACGCAGCACAUUCAUUAAACCACAGUGCUUCCUUUUUUCUUUUUCUUUUGACUUUUUUUUUUGGAGGGGGGGG